AUGGACAUGAACAACCCUAAGAAAGCAUUGCAAGCAAAAGAAAAGGGGAACGAAGCGUUCAAAGCUGGCGAUUACUACGCCGCCAUCGGCCAUUACACCACUGCGAUCCUCAACAACAGGAAAGACGCGACAUUCCCUUUAAACCGCGCCGCUGCAUACCUGAAGCUAGGAAAAAAUCAAGAUGCGGAGCGGGACUGCACGACGGUGCUGGAGUUGAGUAAGAGCAACUUGAAAGCUCUGUUCCGGAGAGGUCAAGCUCGCGUUGGCAUUGAAAAGUACGACGCUGCCAAAGAAGACUUUGAGGCGAUAAUAAAAGCAGACCCUGCGAAUGAUGCCACGAAGCUGGAGCUACAGAAGUUACGAGAGGUCAUGGAGAAACUGGAUGCCUCGAAAUCAGCUCGCGCUCAAAUCCUUACACCAGCCCCAGGCGAGCCGAAUACAGUUCGACGAAGGGUACCAAUCGCAAUUGUGGACGAUAUUCCUGUAUCGGAAGACCUCUUGAAGCCUGUUUCGACGCGACCACUAAACCCAUCUGACCUACCAUCUCCAACGCCUCUCCAAUCAUCUACCCCGCGCACCCCAGAACCAAGAAAAUUGGAAGCGAAAAAAGCCGAAGUUGCAACUGCAUCCCAGCCUCCACGUAAACCGGCAUCGUUUAAGGAAGCAAAGCAGGCCCGAGACAGUAUCAAACCAAGUAGGAUGGGUGGUGGGAUAUUCAGACCUACUGGGAAGCACACCGUCUUCACCCACGUCGGACCGUCGGUCGAUGAUUCCCCCAAACCAACUAUGUCACUCUUCGAUUUUUCAAGGGCAAUGCAUUCAUUGUCAACCGCAUCUGACAAAUGGCAGCUCCUUUUGGAUAAUAUACCACCGUCCACGCUACCUCAGUUGUUCAAAACAUCCCUCGAACCUCCACUGCUGGUAUCCAUGUUCGAGAUGUUCCAGUCAAUCGAAGCCCAAAGCAGUGAAGUCACUGAGCAGAUCAGGCAAUAUCUAGACGUGUUUGUGCAAGUUCCUCGACUCAGUACAAUAAUACUCUUCCUAACGAAGGCGGAGAAGGAGCUAAUCAGGGGUGUAUGCGAAAAGUGUGGGGCUAGGGAAGCGGGGUCGUUUUGGGCGUCUGUAUAA